CUCUUGUUCAUUUGCUUCAUCACCUCCUUUUCUACCGUUAAAGUACUCCGAUCCAUAUAUCAUACUCUCUCAAGUUGAAUUGUAUGUUCUUAGUUUCAGCUCAAUAUAUAGUUCGCUCAUGGGGGCUGGUUCCUCUAUAUCUUCAAUCAGUGCCAGUAGAUCAGGUUCGGCGGAUCAUCCUCCAGAUCAAGCUCAGACGGGUCUCGGGGACCUACCAGAAAGUUGCAUCUCUUUCAUUCUUUCGUACUUGGAUCCGCCGGAGAUCUGUAAACUUGCACGAGUGAAUAGGGUGUUCCGGUCUGCUUCCUCUGCUGAUUUUGUUUGGCAGUCCAAGCUCCCAUCAAACUAUAAGUUUUUCCUUGAAGUAUCAUUAGCCCGUGAUGAACACAAUACUAACCACUUUCUGAAGAAAGAUAUAUACUCAAGAUUAUGUCGGCCUAAUCGUUUUGACAAUGGCACCAAGGAAGUUUGGUUGGACAAGAGUUGUGGAUCCUAUCCACAGGUUUGUUUGUCCAUUUCAUCGAAGGCGUUGCGGAUAAUAGGAAUAGAUGAUCGACGAUAUUGGAGUAAUGUUCCAACUGAGGAAUCGAGGUUUAACAGAGUUGCAUAUCUUAAACAAAUAUGGUGGCUUGAAGCGCUAGGGGAACUAGAGUUUGAGUUUCCACCGGGAAGCUAUGGUCUAUAUUUCCGGCUUCAGCUCGGCAAGACUUGUUCAAGAAGGUAUGGUCGACGAGUAUGCAACACUGAUCAAGUACACGGCUGGGACAAGAAGCCCGUCCGAUUUCACUUAUCAACAUCAGACGGCCAGCAAGGUUUAUCCCAGUGUUAUUUGAAUGAAAGAUGCAGCUGGGUUCACUACCAUGUUGGUGAUUUCAUUAGCAAUAGAGCAAAGCCAAUGAAGAUCAGAUUUUCUAUGAUCCAAAUUGAUUGUACACACACCAAAGGUGGCCUCUGCUUAGAUUCUGUGUUGAUAUGCCCAACAAGGUCGAGGGAAAAGUUGAUGAAAUGUAGCCUAUAACUAUGUACAAACAACUAAUCUAUAGCCAAAACCACGUUGUAUGGCAUGGCUGAUAUCUCUGUGUAACAUGCGCUUCAAACCAGCGUAAUUUGAAUGGCCUGAACAUCAAUGGUCAUCUGCAUCUUUUUCAUGGUUUCAGUAGGUUCAGGUCU